AUGUCUAUCGCUGAAUAUACACCACCUUUAAGCUACUUCGGCCUCGCAUCCGCCAGCUACUUAACCUACAAGUUCACCAAACAAGCAACAACCUUCCUCCUCCCUUCAACCUUAAAAAGCCGCUACAAUCCCAACAAAAAAGCAAAUUGGGCCCUAGUAACCGGCGCAACAGACGGAAUAGGCUUCGGUUUCUGUCAAGAACUCUGCGCGCGCGGAUUCAACGUCAUUCUCCACGGCCGCAAUGCCGCCAAGUUAACGAACCGGCAGGGCGAACUUGCGGCCGAAUUUCCCGAUACCAAGACUGGAUCUUUGCUGUUGGAUGUUGAGUCGUUGAAGAAGGAUGAUGUGGAUGGUAUCGCUGAUCAAGUGCGCCUGAUUCUUGAGGAAGGGGGAGGUGGAAUGUUGACGGUGCUGGUUAAUAAUAUUGGAGGUGAGACGAAGGCUGCGUCUAUGUUGAGUGAGUUGACAUAUGAAGAUGUUGAUGCGACGGUCGCUCUGAAUGCCGUUUUCAUGACUCAGAUUUCGCGCGUCUUGAUACCUGUUCUGGAGGGUAAUGGAGUGCCUGGUCUUAUACUUAAUGUUUCUUCUGCGGCCGCAUUUGGUUUGCCUUAUAUCACGGUGUAUAGCGGGUCGAAGGGGUAUGUGGAAUCUUUCACCGGGGCAUUGAGUGCAGAGAUGAAGGCCGAGGGGAAGGAGCUCGAGGUGAUGGCGCUAAAGGCUGCAGAGGUUCAGAGUGGUGGUUACGACGUCCCGACUGGUCUGUUUGUGCCUAAAGCGAGGACUUUAGCGUCGGCGGGACUGAAUCGGGUUGGAUGUGGGAGGGACAUCGUUUGGGCGUAUUUCUGGCAUUGGGUGCAGGGGAUUUCUAUGGAUAUCUUGCCGCGGUGGGUGUUGAUGAAGUUUUCGGCGAUGAAGCUGAAAGGUAUUCGGGAAUGGAUGACAGAGAAGGAGAAGAGGAAGAAUGCCUGA